GAUAAAGAAUCUCGUGUGUAUAACAGUAUACACCACACUUCAUACAGCACGGCCGUCGACUGUAGACCACGGACUAAAAAGUAAGAAAAUAGAUAUUUUAAUUUGUUGUUGGUACCUACUUAAUAAUUCAAAAUGAACACAUUUGAAUCGAAUUCAAAAGACAAUAACACGAGUUCUGACGAGGAAGAAGAAGACGAAGAAGCCAAGGAAUUAACUGAGGAUGUCGAGAAAAGUUUUUUUAAAGCAUUAUCUUGUCUUAAGAAAGAUGAUCCCAAGAUUUAUGAUGAAUCUGUUAAAUUUUUUGACUCGUCAGCUACACAACAAAGUAUCAAAAAAUCAGCUGAUAGCAAAAACAAAAAUUCAAAUCCUAUUUAUUUAGAAGAAUACAAAAGGAAAAUUUUAUUAGAGCGUGGGCCAGAAUUUGAUGAUACCAAAGAAUUAAAUGAUGUCCUUAAGAAAGAAAAAAGUCGAAUGUCAUCACCCUCUUAUGUAGAGGAACAACAAGCUAUUAAAGAAAGUUUUAACUUUGCUCUUAAUGAUAAUUCUGACGAUGAAGAUAUACUAAAGCCACGAAUUAAGACUAAAGAAGAACAGGAAAAAGAAGAAAAAGAUUAUUUAGAAUGGUUAAAAGGAAAUCGAGAUGAACUCGAAGAUGAAGAAACUAAAAAAGAUCUUCAACACUUACAUGAUUACUGGAACAAUCCUAAUUUGGAUGAAGGAGAACAGUUUUUAUGUGAUUAUAUCCUUAAUAAAAGAUUUCUAGAAAAACCAAAAGAAGAAAGUUUAAUAGAAGAUGAAAUGAGAUUUUCUGAAGAAGAUGAAAUGCUUGAGAAACAUGAAGAAUUUGAACAUAAAUAUAAUUUUAGAUUUGAAGAACCAGAUAAAGAAUUUAUCAAAACUUAUCCUCGAACUAUGGAAAAUUCUUUAAGACGUAAAGAAGAUAAACGCAAAAAGAAGCGAGAAGAACUAACUGAAAGAAAAAAAAAAGAAUUAGAAAAGAGGUCCUUGGAAAUUAAACAACUUAAAAAGCUUAAAAAAAAAGAAAUUGUUGAUAGAAUUAGAAAACUUCAAGAAUUAACUGGAAAUAAACGUGUAGGAUUUGAGGAUACUGAAUUAGAAGAAGAUUUUAAUCCUACAGAAUAUGAUCGUAAAAUGCAGGAGUUAUUCGAUGAAGAAUUUUAUGAUAAAAUGGAUGAUGAGAAACCAGUGUUUGAUGAAGAAGAGGAUGAAUUUAUUAUGGACUGUGAUUAUGAUCCAAGUAUGGAUAAGAGAGCCAAAAAACAAACCAGGGCUGCAAAACGUAAAGAAAAAAAGAAAUUAAAAGUUGAUGAGGAUGCAGAUGAUGUAGAAACCAAUCAUACUAAAAAGAUACCAAAAUACAAUCCAGCGAAUGGAUCAUUUGAAAAAUACAUUGAUGAAUAUUACAGUUUAGACUGUGAAGAUAUUGUUAGUGGUGUUCCAACCCGAUUUACUUAUAAUAAAGUUCUUCCCAAUGAUUAUGGCCUGACAAUUGACGAGAUUUUGAGAGCUGAUGAUGAUGAGCUUAAUAAGUGGUAUCCUCUGGGCAAAUUGACUAAAAUUCAACCUGAAGCUGUUCAAAAAUUUGAAGCUAAGAUUUACAAACGAAAAGCUAAAGAUAUUGAAUUAAAAAAGAAAAUGUUACCUAGCCUUUUUAAAGAAGAAGUUAAUGAGGUUAGUGAAACACAAGAAAAAGGUGAAGAAACAGCAACCACAAAUAAGAAGAAAAAGAAAAAGAAAAAGAAACCCAUAACUAAUGUUUUUAAAGUUGAAGAAGUUUUAUCUGAAAAUAAUAACGAUCUUCAGAAUGAAAAAGGAAAUGAUAACAAACAGUUAACAAAUAAGAACAAGUUUAUGAAAAAUACUAAGAGUAAUCCAGUAAUUAAAACUAUUAAGAAAGCAGAAGACAGUAAAAUAGAUCAGACUCAGAAUAAAAAUCAAAUUAUUAAGAAUGUCAAAAAAACUGAAAAUAGUGAUGUAGGUUUUACUCAAAAUAAAAAUAAAGCUAUUAAAAAGGGUGAAAAACGAAAAUUAAACCAUGCUGAGAAUCAGAAUGGAUCGCAUAAAAAACAAAAGUUUUCAGUUAAAAAGUACAAACCUCAUAAAGAACCUAGUGCUUUAGAAUCAAUGACGGAUGACCGAUUGAAGGCAUACGGAAUUAAUCCAAAGAAAUUUAGAAAUAAAUUAAGAUUUGGUAACAAUCAAUAAAACAAUUUAUUAAUUAAACUCAAA